CGCCCCUCGGCCGGGCCGUGCUUCUGCCCCUACAAGGUUUGGGCCGCGGUGGGGGAGGGUCCCGGCCCCCGGCUCCGCCCGGUCCCUCCCCGCCUUUUAGGCGCCCGCGCGGCUGGGACAUCCCAGUCCCGCUUGGCCCUCCUCGCCCGCCACCAGUGCGUCCAGUCCGCGUAGCCAGCCCAGUUCGCCCCGUGCGCACCGCCCGCCGGCCGGCCCGUCCCCCACCGCAGCCAUGGAUGCCAUCAAGAAGAAGAUGCAGAUGCUAAAGCUGGACAAGGAGAAUGCCAUCGACCGGGCAGAGCAGGCUGAGGCCGACAAGAAGCAAGCUGAGGACCGCUGCAAGCAGCUGGAGGAGGAGCAGCAGGCCCUCCAGAAGAAGCUGAAGGGGACGGAGGACGAGGUGGAGAAGUAUUCUGAGUCAGUGAAGGACGCCCAGGAGAAACUGGAGCAGGCUGAGAAGAAGGCCACUGAUGCCGAGGCAGAUGUGGCCUCUCUGAACCGCCGUAUUCAGCUGGUAGAGGAGGAGCUGGACCGGGCGCAGGAGCGCCUGGCUACAGCCCUACAGAAGCUAGAGGAGGCUGAGAAGGCAGCUGAUGAGAGUGAGAGAGGAAUGAAGGUCAUCGAAAACCGAGCCAUGAAGGAUGAGGAGAAGAUGGAGCUGCAGGAGAUGCAGCUGAAGGAGGCCAAGCACAUCGCUGAGGAUUCGGACCGCAAAUAUGAGGAGGUGGCCAGGAAGCUGGUGAUCCUGGAAGGAGAGCUGGAGCGCUCAGAAGAGAGAGCCGAGGUGGCUGAGAGUAAAUGUGGGGACCUAGAGGAGGAGCUGAAAAUUGUUACCAACAACUUGAAAUCCCUGGAAGCCCAGGCGGACAAGUAUUCCACCAAGGAGGAUAAAUAUGAAGAGGAGAUCAAGCUACUGGAGGAGAAGCUCAAGGAGGCUGAGACCCGAGCAGAGUUUGCCGAAAGGUCUGUGGCAAAGUUGGAGAAAACCAUUGAUGACCUGGAAGACGAAGUCUAUGCACAGAAGAUGAAGUACAAGGCCAUCAGCGAGGAGCUGGACAACGCACUCAAUGACAUCACCUCCCUCUGAGCCCCUCACCAGUGUGGCCCCCUGGCCCCUUCUCUCCUCUCCUUUCCAUUCUUUCUAUGGGGGGGGGGGCAGGAGGAGCAGAAAUUGCCAACAUUGCGCAGCCAGGCGGGGCCAGCCUAGGAGAGCCCCAGCACACCUGCCACCCACCCUGGCACCUGCUUCGUCCUUCUCUCCAUCCACUCCCCCCUCACCCACCUGCCUCUACCUCUCUCUGCUGCUUAAUAAACUCAACUUGGUCUCCA